AUGAAUAUCAUCGACCGAGACAUGCAUUCGACUGAGAGUGAGAGAGAGAUGGAAAACAAACCUAACAACAACAACAACAUUAUCUACUUCGACUUGGAUGAAUGCCGUGACCGGAGGCGCUGCCGGAGAAUUAUAAGGGGUCUCUCUUCAUCCCCCCCGCCUCACCUUCGCUCUCUAAGACCCACAUUUGAACUGGCCUCCCAUGUCUCUCCUACGAUGCACUCUUCCCCGAUCAAUCUUAAUUCUCACUUCUCAUCCUCCUCCUCCUCCUCCGCCUCCGGGAAACAGAAAAGCCUCCAGAUGUUUCCGGUCGACACCGUAUCUCCGCCGGUCUACGGCUAUCUGUCUAUCGCCGGAAGAACUCCCGAUAUGGAAGAUACCUUAUCGGUUAAUCUGAACCUUUGCUCGCCGCUGAUUAACCGCCGACGACCUGUGCAUUUCUUCGGUGUAUACGACGGACAUGGAGGGGCUCACGUUUCGGCGCUGUGUAAGGAUAUGAUGCAUGUUCUUAUGAGGGAAGAACUGAUGCGCGUGGAUAUCACCGGAACGGGUGCGAGUGGUGUUUGUAGCAGAAAGGGUAAGGAGAAAAAGGAUGAAUUGGAGAUGCCUUGGAAGAAUGCGAUCAGGAAGUGUUUCGAAAGGAUGGAUGAGGCGGCGCUGUCCUAUUGUCAUUGCCGCUAUUCUGUCGGGCAAUGCAUUUGUAAUCGCAUGGAGCUGUCUCUUACCGGUUCCACCGCUGUGGUGGCGAUGCUGACGCCGGACCAAGUGAUUGUGGCCAAUUGUGGCGAUUCACGCGCCGUCCUUUGCAGAGCUGGGAAGUGCAUUCCAUUGUCUGUCGAUCAUAAGCCUGAUAGAGCUGAUGAGCUUGCUAGGAUUACUGCUGCUGGAGGCAAAGUCUACAACUCUAAUGGACUAAGAGUGCAAGGCAUCCUUGCAAUGUCCAGAGCAAUAGGGGACAAGUUUCUGAAAAAAGUGAUAACUAGUGAGCCUGAGAUACGUUUCGUGAAACGCCAUAAGGAUGAUGAAUGCAUGAUUCUUGCAAGUGAUGGCUUAUGGGAUGUUGUGUCAAGUGAGCUUGCUUGUGAAAUGGCUAGCAAUUGUCUGCGACAAGGUGUGAAUGCUGAAAACAAUUGUCAGCCGGUGAUAAAUAGUGAAGGGACUGGAUUCUACUAUCCAUCGGCAUGUGCAUCAGCAGCCACAGUGAUAACUCGACUUGCUUUGAGCAGGAGCAGCUAUGACAAUAUCAGCGUGGUUGUGGUUGAUUUGAGGAGGUAA